UCGCUCACUCUCGCGAGAUUUCCUUUCACUUACCCACAGUUCUGUGCGAUAAUUGCAAGAAAAAUGUCGGGAAUGGAGUCUGAGGGUGGCAGUUUCCACAGAGGCGGGGGCAGCCGACUGUCCAUGCGGCAGAAGUCCAUGGAGCGCAAACGUGUCAACAAGGAGCACAACAGUAACUUCAGGGCCGGGUACGUCCCCAUAGACGAGGACAGGCUGCACAAGACUGGCAUCAGGGGCAGGAAACUCACGCUGGGGAUCAUCCUUAUUGUCAUCCUCUUCAUCCUGGUUAUCAUCAACUUUAUUCUGACCGUGUUGCUCCUCCAUGUCCUGGUGAUCGACCACAAUGGCAUGGAGACCCUGGACUUCAUGGACGAUGGAACCCUCAGGUUCAAGUAUGGAGGUGACAUGGGCAACGUCAGGCCCCUGGACAGUAAGAUUGGUGGCUUUGGGAACCAGGACUUUGAACUUACAGGAAACACCCAACCAGUUGUAGCCCAGAACAAGAUCACAGAUCAGAUCAGAGGAGGUUCAGUUCAAGUGGAACCAGGUAAGACGACCAUCAAAGGAGAUCAUGGCCUUGACAUUGUUGACCCCAAGACCAACCAGACUAUCUUCACCACUGACUAUGACAACCAUGAAUUCAAGAUGCCGGAUGGGGUGGACAAUCUGAACGUCAGGAGGGCACAGACAUUUAGGGUGGCCAGUCCACUCAACAGUGACCUACGUGUGAGCACGGCAAAGAACGCCAUCUUCCGCGGCAAUGAAGGGGUCAACAUCCUGGGCAGGACGGUGAACUUCAACUUCAGAGACGACUUCAUGCUUCAAACCCUACGAAAUGAAUCUGUUGUAAGAGGCAGUGCCUUCGUGAAAGCCGGUGGGGGACUCUUCAUCAACAACACACGACUGCCACGUAACAGUCCAGAUCCCCUGUCAGUUAUCGACCGAGGUACCACCACCUACAAGAUAUGUGUGUGCACGCCGUCGGGGAAACUCUUCCGUGUCCCGAUAACAAGGCCGGGGCAAGGCUGCCACACUGUCAAUGAAAACAUAAACCCUUGCCUGUAGCAUUUAAGUGCUUAAAAAAAUUGUUAACAGAAAGCUGUUGUAGCAGAGGAGCUGAAAAGGGGAAAAGACAAUUUAAAAAGUGCCUUGGAAUCAUGUCUUUGUAGUCAUAGUGACAUUCAAAGUCUGAAUCUUGUCUGGUUAAAAGGAUAGUCAAUCUGAUCGAGCUGUGACUAUUUCAAGGUGGACUAAAACAGAAAUGUUUCAAAGCAAAAGUCCAUGAAUGAUAGGAGUAACAGUGAAUACAAAACAAUGAGAGUCAGUGCAGUAACAUUUGCAAAGUCAAAGGGCAUAGUACAAUGUCCUUGCAAAAGUCUAAAGAACUAGCCAUAUGAUUUUACAAGUGCCAACAUUUAUUUUGUUAUAGUGUUUGAUUUCCACAUGCCUGCAUUAUAUACCUUCUAAAUUGUACUACAGGUAGUAAUGUGCUAGCAUUGCCAUUGGUUUUCUUAUGUUUUCUAUUGCUCAUCACUUGUGGUGAAAUGGUUUACAACAGGUUCACAACUGGAUCACUUCCAAAACCCAUUAAUGAAAUCACUGUGACCUCACCUGGUCAGUUAUCAUCUACAUCAACAUACAAAUGUUGCGGCUACCUUUACAACUGUAGUGCACAUUUUAAGGUUUGGUGCUAACAACUUUAAGCUACAGACUACAACAACGAUUUCUAGAUUUUUAACAUAUUCAAGGCAACAACUAAUGUACUUGCCAAGUGCUACAUGGCUUAUGUGCAUACAUUUUCUAAAUAAGAUAUACCUAAUACAAUAAUACAAAUACAUCAUAUUUUAUUGUAUUAUUUUGUAUGUACACGUAACUAUUUUUAACCAAUAAAUGCAGUUUGGCAUUAUUUUA